AUGUUCUACUUCCACUGCCCCCCGCAGCUCGAGGGCGCAGCCCCCUUCGGAGCGCACUCCGCCGGCGACUUCGACGACGGGUUCCUGCGAAGGAAGCAGCGUCGCAACCGCACCACCUUCACCCUGCAGCAGCUUGAAGCACUGGAAGCGGUUUUUGCUCAAACCCACUACCCUGAUGUGUUCACUCGGGAAGAACUGGCGAUGAAAAUCAACCUGACGGAGGCUCGGGUGCAGGUGUGGUUCCAGAAUCGAAGAGCUAAAUGGAGGAAAACAGAGAGGGGGGCUUCCGACCAAGAGGGCUCUAAGGAAGCAAUGGCUGAGGUGGCACCUCCCGUCAGGAACUUAAAUUCCCCUUCUCCAGCUGAUCAAACCAGGAAUAAAAAAGAGAGUCUGGAGAUCCAGCAGAGCCUGAGUCGAGCAGUCGGUCCCACAGGACCCUUCUUCCCCUCCUGCCUGCCAGGGACUCUUCUCAACACGGCCACCUAUGCACAAGCUUUAUCCCAUGUUGCCUCUCUAAAAGGGAGCCCACUGUGCUCAUGCUGCGUUCCAGACCCCAUGGGCCUCUCCUUCCUGCCCACCUACGGCUGCCAAAGCAACCGCACUGCCAGUGUGGCUGCACUGCGCAUGAAGGCUAGGGAGCACUCGGAGGCCGUGCUGCAGUCUGCCAACCUCCUGCCCACUGCUGGCAGCCCCACUCCUCCUGCCAAACCCAGCCCAGAGAGCAGCCAGGACAAGCAGCCCUCUCCAGCCAAGGAGCACAUGGAAGGGGAGAAGAGUGUAUGA